CGUGAAACCAGGCAUCGACAUUUCGAAACGAAACCAAUCUGCACAACUCUCUCGUCAACUGUGCUGAAAUCACGUGUAUUUGUUGGUUGUAUUCGCUCAGAAUUCUUUCGAAUUUUAUUUAAUUAUUUUCAAACUUUCCGAAGCGCUGUUUUAAGUUGAUUCGUCACAAAAACACAUUCGAACUUGACUCGGGACUGUUACAUACAGAAUUACACACACAAGGCUUCAGGAUGCCUCUGACAGUGGCUCGGGGUGAGGGGAUGACUGUCCUCACCGUCACCUCAAAUCCAAAGAGUAAAUGGCCCCUACUGUGUCAGAUUCUGGGCACUCUGUGUUACAGUCCAGUGUGUUCAGUAUCUCAGGAUAAGGAGGGGAAGCUGACGAACACCCUGACAGCUCUUGGGAUUGUGCAGAUGAUAGUUGGAGUCAUCAAUAUCGUGGUGGGGAUUUCCUUUGCAAGCUUCCAUAUAAAUAAUAACCUUGUGAAUUCUGAUAAUGCUCCUAUUUGGAUCGGUAUUGUGUUCCUUCUAGUUGGAAUCGUGUGUAUUCUCGCAGCCAAGUUUCCCAGUUCUUGUCUGCUGGUCAUUGCAGUAAUUCUGAACAUAGUCAGUGCUGCACUGGCUAUCACAGCUGUUGUACUCUGUUCAGUGGACAUCGCAGUGGGAAAUGAUCAAUACUGUAACGACAAUUAUUCAUAUUAUGAUUACCGUGGAACGCCUUCCCCUGAACAGAAGAAGGAAACCGAGGCCUGUCUGUACUACAAAUAUCUCAAUCAGAUGAUCCUCGGAGGACUAGAUAUCAUGUUGAUAGUUUUUUCAGUCCUUCAGCUCUGUGUGACCAUUAGUUUCUGCGUUUUGACUGGGAAAGUUUUGUGCAAGAAGGGCGGGGAUGCAAAGUCUGUAGAAGACCCACAACUUUAUAAGCCUCUCCUGGAUGAGGUCACUUCCAAUCCUGCAUGUUAAAAAGACAAGAUACAAAGCCAAAAAUACAUACAGGAUAUAUACAUUUUUGUUUGAACAUGUUUUAUUUUUUCUGUCUUAAUACAUACAUCUGCAACAUAAUCAUCAAGUUACAUGUUUAUACUUUAUUUGAUUAUUUUCUUUAAAAUGCUGUUACUGUACUUUUAUAAAGAAAAGUUACUUUGUGGCUGCUUUUUGAAAUUAAUAACAAGAGCACUUUGGCAUGACCCUUGUUCAUGUAUUUGUUUCUAUACCUGAAUAAAAUGCCUCCUUUUCAAACA